GCAGGCAGUGUUUGGGUGCUCAAGGAGGGGACCCCACGCAGGCAGGCUGGCCUGCAAAAGAGCAGUCUGAUUGCAGCAGGGUGCAGGAGGUUCCUGGGCUCAAGGCUGCUGAAAGUCCAACUGUUCUGUUAAAUAUAAACCUGCCAUAGCUCUUGCCCAGUUAACCACUCCUGUGGCCGUGGCAGGCCUGCACUCAGUGGGCAGGCAGCAUCCUCCUGAGCUGCCUUCUCCCCCUGCCCAGAUCCACGCCAAGAUGGGCACCGUCCCCCAUGACUUCAACAUCGACGCCCCGCGCUGGGACCAGAGCACCUUCAUGGGGCGCCUGAAGCACUUCCUCAACAUCACCGACCCACGGACUGUGCUGGUGCCAGAGAAGGAGCUGGACAGGGCCAAGACUCUGGUGGAAGCCUGCAGGACCGGGCUGGUGCCACCAGGAAGCAGCCUGGAGCAGCUGCUGUACGCCAAGAAGCUGUACGAUUCAGCCUUCCACCCUGACAGCGGCGAGAAGAUGAACCUUGUUGGGAGGAUGUCCUUCCAGGUGCCAGGGGGCAUGGCCCUCACCGGCUGCAUGCUCCAGUUCUACCGGACAGUGCCUGCUGUGGUUUUCUGGCAGUGGGUGAAUCAGUCCUUCAACGCCUUCGUCAACUACACCAACCGCAAUGCUGCCUCCCCCAUCUCACUCAAGCAAAUUGGGGUGGCUUAUGUCACAGCCACUGGUACAGCCCUGGCCACCGCUGUGGGACUCAACCUCUACACCAAGCGAGCACCCCCCUUGCUGGCCCGUUGGGUCCCCUUCGUGGCCGUGGCUGCUGCCAACUGUGUGAAUAUCCCCAUGAUGCGGCAACAGGAGAUCAUCAACGGGGUCACAGUGACAGACCAGGACAACAAUGAGCUUGGCCGCUCCAGGAGAGCAGCAGUGAAGGGCAUCGCGCAGGUUGUGGUCUCCAGGAUCACCAUGGCAGCACCAGGCAUGAUUAUCUUACCUAUCAUCAUGGAGCGACUGGAGAAAUACCCCUUCAUGCAGCGAAUCCGAGUUCUCCACGGGCCUCUGCAGGUGCUUCUCAGUGGGGGCUUCCUCCUGUUCAUGGUGCCAGCAGCCUGCGCCCUGUUCCCUCAGAGAUGCUCCCUUGCAUUCUCCAACCUUGAGCUGGAGCUGCGUGACAGCAUCGUGACCAAGCAUGGGGACAAAGUGCCAUACGUCUACUUUAACAAGGGUCUGUGAAUGGAGACUACCUCAGGAGCCAUCGCACCCCUCCUGGUAGCCUCCUGCCACCACCAGCCCCACAUUCCCUGAGCAGGGCUCAGAGGCAUGGUCCAGCCAGAUCUGCCCCCCUGCCCCAGCCCAGCACCCUGGUGCCCCUCCCUGCAGAGGGGCAGGAUCUGGCUCUGUGUGCCCAGCUUGCAGCACUCUGGCUUGUCCUGAGCCUCCCCCCAUUGCUGCUAGCCGUGUGCUUGCCUCCCCAAGUUCCUCUGGGUGAUGGCUGCACUUCCAAUGCCUUCCGCUACCCCAGCCUUGUGUCUGUGUGAGCCUCAGGGCUCCUGUGAGGCAUCAGACUCUCCCUUGAGGCUCAGUGCAGUCCUACCUCCACAAGCAGGUGCCCUGCCAUCUCACCAGGAGCCAAACCACAUUGCUGCCUUACACCACCACAGUGGCCUUUUACCAAGAGGGACUUCUCCCCUCUGCACAGGGAACAUCGUGAAGUCUAGGGACCAAUGAUUGGACCAUGCCUUCCUUAUUCUCAGGUUCAGGUUUUAUUCACUUUGCGUUGCCACAAUCCAGGACAGAAUUAGCUACUUGGUUUUUAAGCUCUAAUUUUUGCAAUCUACCCAUUCCAAAGAGCACAAGAACCAGCCAUCACCCUUGUCCCACUUCUCACUGUCUCUACAGUAGUACCGAGGAUCUGCAGCUUUGGGGGACAGUUGACUCUGGCCCGCUUUGGGCAGGGGGAAGCAGACACAAGAAUUACAAAGCUGGCAGGGCAUUGACGCAGGCUCUGAGUGGCAGCACUGGAAAUGGCAGAGAGGAGGGCUGAAUAAUUACAUUUCUAAAAGCAGCUGUGGGCUCUGCUUCUGGCUGGUUCCCUGGACAGGGCUGGUACACGGGUCUCAUGCCUGCCUUGAAAGGGAAGGGUGCAGGCUCUGUGACUGACCAGCCACCAGGAUGAGGACACAGGGGCCAGGAGAAGGAGGAAGAGCCAUGAGGCUUUGCAAGGGCUGACAUGAGCCUUGGGCAUCCCAUGCAGCCUCCCCAGAGAGGUUCUUGGGGCUGCAGAUAGUCCUGAGGCAAGUGCAAAGAGAGGUGAUAGUGCUGUGCUCAUGGUGACUCAUCCCACUGGGGAUAUUGAGGGAUAACACUGGCUGACCCUACACCCAUGGGUGCUGUUUGUCUCCUUGGCCAGACAGUGUUUACAGUGAUGCUAACUUGGGUCUGCAACAAGGCCUCUCUCACCCCAAAGAAUUGCGGCUUAAGUUUGCUGGAGCCUACAUUUCAUAAGAAGGAGACCCAGUUUAGUCCUGGUCCUGGGCUAAAGUCCCUGCCCUCAACCAGCUGCAUCCAGGCUCUCUUCUUGCUGGUGAGCAUCCCUUGGUGGGAUAAGCAUGUUUCUAACCAGGUGUCUGAUGUGGCUGCUUGGAGAGCCCCAUACUCAUCCCUUCAGCCAGGGAUACCUGUCCGAUUCCCACGUGGAGACACAGCGUCUGCAGCAAAAGGGCUUUAUGGCAUUAAGCACUCCACUCCUACAAACAGAGCAGUCAAACCCAAACUGUACUUCUUGAAAGGCCAAGCUGUAUCUACAAUGGGUUUGCUUCUGCCCAAGCUGCAACAGGCAGAGGAUAAUGUCUGCAACCACAUGUAGUUACAGCUAGAAAGUCGUAUAAGAGCUCUGGAAUAAUGAAUAGGUCAGCAGAAAGUAGGAAAACUUGUUAAAACUUGUGUUUCUGUUCCCUGGGCAUUAUUAGAUCUCUUGUUAAUGCACAAUUAAAAUAGAUAAGCAUAUGAAAUGUAACAGAUGUCACUGGUGUUGCAAGUGGGAAGAAGCCAGAAGACAUCUCUGCUCUCCUUAAGCUGCUUUUACUGUACACCCAAACCUGCUUUGAGCACUUUCAGAAAGGCACCUGUAGCAAUCUGGGCUGUAUUUGGGUCCAAGGUGCCUCUCACAUGCUAGGGAGCACACUGAUGCUCUAAAACUGCCCCUCCCUGCGCAUCACAGCCAUGCUCUUGCUGUUGACCCUUCCUGCAUUUGCAGCAAGUCCUGAGAGGGCUGUGCAGCCAGUGAUGCCGGGGCAGCAGCCUGGGACCACUGCGGGAAAGCCUUAGCAUAACUGCUGUCCCCAGCCAUACCAGAGGGGCAAUGGAGGAGAGGGAUCCUCUGAAGACCUACUGCCAUCUCACACCAGCGCAUCCCCUGCCCUGGGGAGCAAGGCACGGUGCAGCGCGUUGCUUUGGACAGAGGAAUUGGGUUGUUCUGGGCUUGGAGGAUAUUCAAGCCACCCUCAACCCAGACCUCCCCCACCCCCGAGCUUCUAGUAGUGGAUUCCCUCUUCAGAUCGAUGUGGACUUAUGCCAGCUGACAGCUUAGCUCAGCGGGGUUUGUAGGUUUCCAGGUUGUAGCUCCCAUCUCCCCUGAGGAUUCAAGUCAUCUCAACAGCUCAUGUUGCCCUGGUGUCGGGAGAUGGUUGCUGCAAGCCAGUGCCUUCCUGCACUCCCUAAAACCACAGCAACUCCCCAGCACGCCUUGGUCUCCUUAGGGAGCAGAGGGGUCACAGCCACGCUGCAGCCACCAAGUCCCUGUGCUUCCAAGGAUGACUCUGCCAGCCUGCCUCCAUCUCCCAUCGCUGCAAUACGAAGGAAACCUCAUUGCCAGAAGUCAGAGCCGGACUCAUCCCUGAUUGGGAAGAGCUGCAAGUGUUAAUUGCUCUCCAGCGAUGAGUCACAUCUGAUCUGGGCUGGUUCUGUGCUCCCACUGAAUUCAUGGCUUCUCCCAGCUGUGCCUCUAAUUGUGGUGAACAGGAAUAAAGCUUCUUUAAUAACUGUU